CCUGGUCUGCGGUUCCCUGCCAGUCACUCAGCAGGGCAGUUCUGGGUACCUCCGCCGUCUUCAGCUUGCAACUAUGUUUUCCAGAGCUGCCCGGAGUCUGGUAAUGAAGACAGGAGGACUCAGAACUCAAGGGACACACAGCCCAGGAGGUGCUGCUAGCAGUCAGCGGAGGAUGACCCCCUAUGUUGACUGCUAUGCCCAGCGCUCCUAUCCCAUGCCGGAUGAGCCUUACUGCACAGAGCUCAGCGAGGAGCAGCGGGCCCUGAAGGAGAAAGAAAAGGGCAGCUGGGCCCAGCUGAGCCAAGCAGAGAAGGUGGCCUUGUACCGGCUCCAGUUCCACGAGACCUUCGCAGAGAUGAACCAUCGCUCCAACGAAUGGAAGACAGUGAUGGGCUGCGUCUUCUUCUUCAUUGGAUUCACGGCUCUGGUGAUUUGGUGGCAGCGGGUCUAUGUGUUCCCUAAGAAGGUUGUCACCCUGACGGAAGAACGGAAAGCCCAGCAGCUCCAGCGCCUCCUGGACAUGAAGAGCAACCCCAUACAGGGCCUGUCUGCCCACUGGGAUUAUGAGAAGAAGGAGUGGAAAAAGUGACCAACAUCGUAGUCUGCUGCCUGCCCUUGCAAACGGAUUCUGCUUCCGCAGCCUAGGAGACCCUCCUCUCCUCUCCUCGCCUCUCCUCUCCUCUCCUCUCCUCUCCUCCCUUCCCCUCCCCCGCCUCCCGGCUUGUCUCUUCCAUUCCCUUCUGCUCCAAUAAAAGCAGCCUGCAUUGUUCUGCCUGCAAAGUC